AUGAUUGUGAGAGCUUUUGAUGGGACAAGGAGAGAAGUAGUAGGGAAUAUUGAGAUACCAAUAGAAAUCGGCCCGUGCACCUUUACCAUUGAAUUCCAAGUUAUGGAUAUCGCUACUUCAUACAAUUAUUUGUUGGAAAGACCUUGGAUCCACAUGGAUGGGGCCAUACCUUUAUCGCUUCACCAAAAGGUUAAGUUCAUCGUGGAUGGAAAAAUUGUAUAUGUUAACGGGGAAGAGGACUUACUCGUAAGCAAGCCAGCGGAUACUCUUUACGUGGAAGCGACAGAAGAAGUACCUGAAUGUUCCUUCCGAUCCUUCGAGUUCGUUAACACCACAUACAUUGGAGAAAGAAUCGCACCACCCACUCCGAAGCUUUCCCAAAUCACCCAGAUGGCUGUCAGUCAGAUAGUAGGGAAAGGAUACCGAGCAGGAGCAGGAUUGGGAAGAGAAUUGCAAGGCAUUAGAAGGCCCAUACGUGCUACCAAAACUGAAGAAAGGUUUAGCCUGAGGUAUAAGCCGACUAAAAAGGAAAGAGGAGAAAUGAUAGCCGAAAGAAGAAGGGAAAGGUUGGCUCACUUUAAGGGGCAUGAGUUGGAAAACCAUGGAAUGACAUAUCCUCAUCUCUACGAGACAUUUCAAUCUGGAGGCUGCAUCUUUCCUGAAUCACUCGCCGUUGGAAGUCGAGAAUCAGUGUCAGUAUUAGGGGAAGCCAUUUCUGAUUUAUCAAUAUGCGCAACGGAGGAAGGCAAAGAGCAGCCAAAAAAUAUGGAUGGGAUUCCUACUACAUACCUCGGGCCACGAAAGUUGAAGUUGAGCAGCUGGACCACCAUGAGCUUAUUAGUCACUUGUGAUUCAAUUUCAAAGAUUCCAAAUAAUGAAUGCGAAGAUGAUAAUGACAGUGGUUUUGAGGUUAAUUUUGAAAAAGAUAUGCCAGGACUCAAUACAAACAUUGUAGCCCAUAAACUGCCUUUGAAGCCCGAAUGCAAACCAAUUAAGCAAAAGUUGAGAAGAAUGAAACCUGAAAUGCUUUUGAAAAUUAAGGAAGAGGUGAAGAAGCAGCUUGAUGCAAGAUUCUUGGAAGUAGCUAAGUACCUUGAAUGGGUUGCAAAUAUUGUCCCAAUUCCUAAGAAAGAUGGGAAAGUGAGAAUGUGUGUGGACUAUCGAGAUUUGAAUAGAGCUAUCCUAAAAGAUAAUUUCCCUCUGCCCCACAUCAACACCAUUGUUGACAAUACUGCCCGUCAUUCCAUGUUUUCCUUUAUGGAUGGCUUUUCAAGAGAGGUUGAGGUGUAUGUGGAUGAUAUGAUUGUAAAAGCUCACAAAACAGAGGAUCAUGCGAUCAAUCUUGAAAGGUUAUUUAAGAGGUUACGGAAGUUUCAACUUAGAUUAAACCCGAUAAAGUGUACUUUUGGAGUCACUUCAGGAAAGUUACUCGAUUUCGUCAUCAGUGAAAAAGGAAUAGAAGUUGACCCAGAUAAGGUUCAAGCAAUCCGUGAUUUGCCUCCUCCCAAAAUGCAGAAAGAAGUCAGAGGAUUCUUGGGAAGGUUGAAUUAUAUAGUCCGGUUCAUAUCACAACUCACACUUAAAUGUGACCCGAUCUUCAAGCUCUUUCGCAAACACAAUCUUGGGGCAUGGAACGAGGAGUGCCAAGUUGCUUUUGACAAGGUUAAAGAAUAUCUGUUGAGUCCACCAGUAUUGGUACCAUUUGUGGUUGGGAGAACCCUCAUCUUGUACCUGACAGUAAAUGAAAGAUCCAUGGGAUGCGUGUUGGGACAGCAUGAUGAAACUGGUAAGAAAGAAAGGGCAGUUUACUACUUGAGUAAAAAGUUCAUUGAGUACGAGUCCAAGUAUUCCUCGUUGAAAAAGAUGUGUUGUGCUUUAGCAUGGACGGCGUAUCGACUCAGGCAGUACAUGCUAUAUCAUACCACUUGGCUCAUUGCGAAGUUGGAUCCUAUUAAAUACAUCUUCGAGAAACCAUCCUUAUCAGGUAGAGUGGCAAGAUGGCAAGUGUUGUUGUCUGAAUAUGAUAUUGUAUAUGUGUCCCAAAAAUCUAUCAAAGGAAGUGCAAUCGUUGAUUUUCUAGCGGAAAGGGUGGAGGAGGAUUAUGAACCCAUGAAGUUUGAGUUUCUGGAUGAGGACUUGAUGUCAAUAUGCCAAACAAAUGAGGAGGAAUCAGAGGAGAAAGAGAAUUGGAAGAUGUUUUUCGACGGAGCUUCAAAUGCCUUGGGGCAUGGCAUAAGGGUCGUGUUAGUGUCACCAGAAGGAAAUCAUUAUCCCGUCAUAGCUAAACUCAACUUCUAUUGUACCAAUAAUGUGGCCGAAUAUGAAGCUUGUGUCAUGGGUCUUCAGGCAGCAAUUGAGAGGAAAAUUCACGUUUUGGAAGUGUACGGGGAUUUUGCUUUGGUCAUUUAUCAAUUGCAAGGAGAAUGGGAGACACGCGACUCGAAGUUAGUCCGGUAUCAUAAGUAUGUUUCAAAACUGAUUGAAAAUUUUGAUAAGAUUCGCUUCACCCAUUUUCUUCGAGAGGAGAACCAAAUGGCUAAUGCAUUAGCCACGCUGACAACUAUGUUCAAAGUUGGUACCGAUGUCAAGAUUCAACCCAUCAUGAUUAAUCUUCGAGAGUGCCUUGCGCACUGCUCUAGUGUAGAGGAAGAAGUAGACAGGAAACCGUGGUACCAUGAUAUUGUGCAUUAUCUCAAGUUCCAACAGUAUCUAGAACAAAGUUUAGAAAAUGAUAAGAAAACCAUUAGAAGGUUGGCAAUGAAUUUCUUCUUGGAUGGGGACAUCUUAUACAAGAGAAGUAGGGAUCAAGUGCUUUUGAGGUGUGUGGAUUCAGCCGAAGCUCGGAGAAUAGUUGAGGAAGUUCACGAAGGAAUUUGUGGGGCACAUGCAAGUGGGCAUAUGUUGGCAAGACAGAAAGUGGUAUGUAAGUUCAUCCAAAAAGAAAUAAUAUGCCGCUAUGGUCUCCCGGAAAGGAUCAUCACAAAUAACGCUAGUAACCUCAAUGGUUCAAUGAUGAAAGAGGUUUGUGCCAAGUUCAAGAUCAAGCAUCACAAUUCAAUGCCUUAUCGCCCAAAGAUGAAUGGAGCGGUAGAAGCAGUCAACAAGAACAUCAAAAGGAUAAUUGAAAAGAUGAUAGAUGUAUACAAAGAUUGGCAUGAGAAGUUACCCUUUGCUUUGCAUGCUUAUCGCACAACAGUCCGAACUUCCACGGGAGCUACACCGUUCUUUUUGGUGUAUGGGAUGGAAGCAGUUUUGCCAAUUGAAGUAGAAAUCCCUUCCCUUCGGGUCCUUAAAGAAGUACAGUUGGAAGAAGCCAAAUGGGUUAACGCUCGUUAUGAGCAAUUGAAUCUCAUAGAAGAAAAAAGGUUAGCGGCACUUUGCCAUGGGCAGUUAUAUCAAAAGAGAAUGAUGAGGGCAUAUGGCAAGAAGGCACAUCUUCGAAAGUUCCAAAAAUGA